AUGUCCGAACCGUUGCAUAUCCUAAUCGUAGGCGCAGGAGCAGUCGGUUGCUUCUACGCCUCCAAGCUUCAACACACCCACCAGGACCGUCGCAUUGACGUUUCACUCGUUUGUCGUUCCAACUACAAAGCAAUCGCUGCUAACGGUGUAUCCCUCGAGACUCACUCCUUUGGCAACUAUCAUUUCACGCCCCAUCGGGUUUUUGCUUCCAUUGCUAGUGCUGGUGAAGCAGGCAUUAGGUGGGAUUAUGUAGUGGUAACGACGAAAGCGUUGCCUGAUGUGACCAAUGAUGCACAUGAUAUCCGACCCCUCGUUACAAGAGGCCUCGAGGGAAGUUGUAUAGUCUUAAUCCAGAACGGAGUGGGGAUUGAGGAGAUUCAUAGAGUCGAAUAUCCAGAGAAUCCGAUUGUUAGUGCCGUUACGGUGAUCAGCGCAGAACAGAUCAGGCAUGGUGUGAUUAGGCAGAAUAGAUGGACAAGAAUCACUAUGGGCACCUACACAAACGGCCAAGCUAAACCUAACUCUCUCCUCUCCGAUCAAAACCUGCUGGAAAAGCUCACUUCUACCACCGACAACCACAUCCGAAACUUGGUAACUUGCUUCACAGCAACAGGCAUCAAAGACGCAGGAUUUGCCCCCGAAUUAGCACUCCAACAAACACGAUGGCAUAAACUAUGCAUCAAUGCUUCUAUGAACCCUUCCUCAGUCCUCUCCGGUGGUACGACCAACUCGAGAAUGUCGCUCGAUCCAGAACUCCGCAUUCACCUUGCAAGCUGCAUGGAGGAAAUUUGGCAGACAGCACCCAAGAUUCUGGGUAUACAGUUUGACGAAAAGAAACAUGCAUCUCCCGAAAGCAUUCUGAAAAGUACAGAGAGGAAUACGGCAGGAAAGCCAAGCAUGUUAUUGGAUUGGCAAGCGGCUAGACCGAUGGAGUUGGAAGUGAUUUUGGGAAACCCAAUCAGGAUUGCCAGACGGCAAGGCUUGGAGAUGCCCAGAUUGCAAAGCUUGUAUGCCUUGCUCAAAAUGGCCCAGGUGAGGAAGAAGGAGGAUGCUCAACAGGAGCAGGCGGAGAAGGCCAAGUUGUAG